UUUAUCGCGCUCGGGUGGAUAACUCAGGAAAAGCACUGGUUUGGAGAAGAGCAAGGCGCGCGGAGGAAGACAGACAAACGGGAGAGUUGGGAAGUAUAGAUCCAGCUCGUGCGCUUUUGAUAACGUUGCAGCCUGGAAGUCACUUUAGACCUAUCGGAAUUUUGCACAAAUCCGGGAAAAAACGAGAAGAGUGUGCUUUACGUGAAACAGAAUGAUGACCAAGCCGUAUGGAAGCUGCCGGGACGUGGCUGAGCUGGCCAGUUCCCUGGGCUGGAUGGAUGAGGACCUGAGCUCCCAGGACGGCGAAGGCGGCCCCGAGGGGGUGCGGUUCGGGACGGACAGGUGCGACCGGGAGCUGGGGAGCGAGGACAUGGAGGAGGAAGAGGAGGAGGAGGAGGAAGAGGACGGGGUAGGGCCGGACGACGGGGAGAGGGCGCCCAAACGGCGGGGUCCCAAGAAGAAGAAGAUGACGAAGGCUCGGCUGGAGAGGUUCCGCGCCCGGCGCGUGAAGGCGAACGCCCGCGAGCGCUCGCGCAUGCACGGGCUGAACGACGCCCUGGAGAACCUGCGCAGCGUCAUGCCCUGCUACUCCAAGACCCAGAAGCUCUCCAAGAUCGAGACCCUGCGCCUCGCCCGCAACUACAUCUGGGCCCUGUCGGAGGCGCUGGAGGGCGGCCAGUCCACCGAGAGCCGCGGCUUCCUGGAGAUGCUGUGCAAGGGGCUGUCGCAGCCAACCAGCAACCUGGUGGCCGGCUGCCUUCAGCUGGGGCCCGCCCCCGCCCUGCUCGACCAGCUGGAGGACAAGGGCCAGGGCCCCCCCCUCGGCCCGCGGGGGCCCCCCCUCAGCUACCCCUCCCCUGGCCUGCCCAGCCCCCCCUACGGCUCGGUGGAGGCCGCCCGCCUGCUGCACUCCAAGCGCUAUAAUGGCGGGAGCUACGAGAACCCCUCCCCCGUGGAGGGCAGCACGGGCACGCCCCCCUACGACGGGCCCCUGACCCCGCCCCUCAGCGUCAGCGGCAGCUUCGCCCUCAAGCAGGAGCCGUCGCCCGGCGAGGCGGAGCGGAGCUUUCCCGCCAUCCACGGCGUCCGCUACCACCCCGCCCCCCACCCGUACGGGGGCCCCCCGCCGGGGCCCCACGCGCUCCCCGCCUACCCGCCCGCCCGCUACCCCCUGGCCCUGGACGGCCCCUUCGAUUCCCCGUUUGGCCCCGCCCACACCGCCGGCCCACUGGCGGGCACCGUUUACAGCGAGUGA